UGGUCCUGCCUGCCUGCCAGAGAGGGGAGUCGAGAGCUCUGCUGGGAACUAGCUACAUGGUGCUCAAUUUUUCAAGAUGUCGUCGUUGGAGCAGAGGAUGUCGCGAAUCGAGGAGAAACUAAAGCAGGAAAAUGAAGACGUUCGCCGGCGAAUCGACCUUAACAUCGACAUGAGUCCGCAGCGACCACGUCCGAGGCCAAUCAUCGUGAUCCAGCUCAGUCCUGCUCCAGCCCCUUCCCAGCGUGCAGCGCUCCAACUGCCCCUGGCCAAGGAUGGAGGCAGCCGUUCAUCAUCUUCAGAAAGCUCCCCUCAGCACCACACCUACCCCAGCCGCCCACGACACAUGCUCACCCUGCCCACGCCUCCAUACAGCCUGCCGAAGAGCUUGGAGAAUGCAGAGAUUGACCAGAAAUUGCAGGAGAUUAUGAAACAGACGGGUUACCUGAAGAUCGAUGGUCAGCGGUAUCCAGCGGAGGUGACAGACCUGAUCAGUGAGGGGGAGAUCGGCAGCGGCACCUGUGGACAGGUCUUUAAGGUGCGAUUCAAGAAGACCGGCCACGUCAUCGCUGUCAAACAAAUGCGUCGUACAGGAAACAAGGAUGAGAACAAGAGGAUCCUGAUGGACCUGGAUGUGGUGCUGAAGAGUCAUGACUGCCCUUACAUCAUCCAGUGCUACGGCGCCAUAGUUACCAACACGGACGUAUUCAUUGCCAUGGAGCUGAUGGGAACGUGUGCUGAGAAGCUGAAGAAGAGAAUCCAGGGCCCCAUCCCAGAGCGAAUCCUUGGAAAGAUGACAGUGGCAAUAGUGAAGGCGUUGCUGUACCUGAAAGAGAAACACGGUGUCAUCCACCGAGACGUCAAACCCUCCAACAUCCUCCUGGACGCCAAAGGUCAGAUCAAACUGUGCGACUUCGGCAUCAGCGGACGCCUCGUUGACUCCAAGGCCAAGACCCGCAGCGCCGGCUGUGCUGCCUACAUGGCGCCUGAGAGAAUAGACCCUCCAGAUCCCACCAAACCUGACUAUGACAUCCGAGCAGACGUGUGGAGCCUUGGCAUCUCUCUGGUGGAGCUGGCCACGGGACAGUUUCCCUACAAGAAUUGCAAGACAGACUUUGAGGUUCUGACCAAAGUGCUGCAGGAAGAUCCUCCUCUGCUGCCCCUCGGCAUGGGUUUCUCCCUCGACUUCCAGUCCUUCGUUAAAGACUGCCUCACAAAGGAUCACAGAAAAAGGCCAAAAUACCACACGCUGCUGGAGCAUAAUUUCAUCCGCCGUUAUGAGGUGUUGGAGGUGGACGUGGCCGGCUGGUUCCAGACAGUGAUGGAUCGCACCGAGUCGCCUCGCAGCAGCCAGUGUUACAGCCAUCAGCACCAGCUCCACUCGCUCUUCAGUAGGUAGCCUAGCCCAACCCGGCGUUAGCUUAGCCAGACGCUAGUCUUGCCUAGCUUUAGCUUUGCCAAGCCCAGACAGUCUGUCCUAGUCAAGCCCAGCGUUAGCAGCUAAGCGUAGCGUUAAACCCAGCUUGUCUGGCCAACUGUCCACCGGAGAACCUGAAGAGCCCAGGGAGGAGGGGGAGAGACAGAGAUGGAGUGAUGGACGGAGACAUGGACUGAUGGAUGGAUGACACAGGUGGUUCUGUUUGUCAUUGUGUUGAAUCUGGACAGGCAGACAUGGGAAGGAGGGGGAGAGAAAUAGGUGCACACUGCAGUUAGCUUCAUUCGUUUACACACUGUUGCAUCUCGUCACACUAUCAUAUCAAGUCAUACAUCACGGUGUGUAACAGCCACACACACUCACAUACAAACUGUGAGUGUUUUUUGUAUGUGUUUCUACAUUUCAUCCUCUUUUCAUUAGUUUCUCACCAACAUGUCUGUCUCCAGCAUUGAUCCAAGCCGUUGGAGAAGUCAACAGAGUAGUCACUACACACUGGAUUAAAGCAUCUGCUACAUUAGCAAACCUGAAUCUCUAUUGUACAUAAACGUUAUGGAGGGCACAACGAUGUCUGGUGCAAUUAUGAUUCUUCAGGUGUUUCUAUUAUCACACAUUCUCAGGCUGCAAAAGAGCUAAGAGGUGUGUGUGUGUGUGUGUGUGUGUGUGUGUGUGUGUGUGUGUGUGUGUGUGUGUCGCUAUUUUCACCUUCACACUACAGCUGUAACACAAACCACAAUGAAUUAAUCUGUUAGCUGUGCUUAAUUUGUAAUAUGUAAGGGUAGUAACUGUUAUUAACGUUUGAAUAUCCAUCAUUGUAUUUAGCAGCUGCACAAUUGGAAAACAAUGAAAAAGACUUUAAAAAAAUAGUGUUACAUAUUAGCUUUUUAGAAAAUUAGUUGUUUUUUUGUGAUCAGAAUGACUUAGAUAAAAUAAAAGAGAUCAAGAGAUACAUUUAAAAGGAGGAGAUUUUUUUUCGAGGUGUAGGAGAGAAAAGCAGAGAAAGUAGAAGUAGGGAGUUGUACUCUCGAUGGCGUUUUGGAAGCUUGAAUAACUGUUACAAGUGUGAGAAACGAGAGAGAGCUUGCCGGUACAAAUGGGAGCAGAGUGUUUUUUCAUUGAGAAGGCCAAGAGCAGGAUCUUAUCUUGUACUAAAAAUAUGAGUGGGGUAGAUCUUAUUACCUGUGGAGCAUUUCUUUACUCUCGGUUGGUCUACCUCUUCGUCCACCUGUCUGUCUGCCUCUUCUGUUAAGUGUGAUCUAGUGCUCCACAGUGUUACCAGACCAAAGGCUGUGUGUAGGUUGUUGUCCGUGGAGGCCAAGAGAUUUAGACCUGCUCCUGCAAAAAGUAAGAGAACUCACUGACAUGUCUUGAUAAAGCAUGUUUUCUUAUGUUUUAAGAACCUAGAGCAGGGGUCUCAAACUACUAGACUACGGCCCCAUCUGGCCCACGUUUAGAAUUGAUUCUUGAACUGACUCACAAAUCCAUUUGUUGUUUUGUCUUUUCAGUGAAGGUUUUUAGUAUUUAUAGUAUUUAAUAUCAAUGUCUCUCAAUCACUAAUCAUCUCCUAAUUAUUUUCUCAAUCAUUCAGUCAGAAAAAUGUUUCCAAAACCUAAUGCUUUUCAGUUUGCAUCGUCUAAGACACAGAAUAGCAGCAAAUCUGCCCAUUUGAAAUGCUGAAACCAAUAAUUUGUUUGGCAGUUAUAAAAAAACAAUUUAUCAAUUUAUCGAUCAAAAUUGUUGUAGAUUAAUUUUCUCAUCAAUCUACUAAUUGAUUAAUCAAAUAAUCUUACCUAUCUACCAUAUGAUCAACAGCAGUCAUAUUUAGCCUAACACAAUUGACACCUAAUUGUCUUUUUCAAACCCCAAAAGAAAGGUUGAUUUGGAGCACAGACAGUUUCAAGAGACCUGAACAGUUGACUAUUUUUCUUAUUGGUUUUAAUGUGGCAGUUGUAUCAGUCACCUUAGGACAAAGCUGUCGUUCUUUACACAUACAAUCUGAAGCAGCAUAUAGUUAGUGUUUAAGCAGUGAACUAGGAGAAAACAACCUGGCCAGUGGGGCCCAGCUAAUUUGAAUUUGAGAUCCCUGAACUGGAGAAUUGUUAAGAUAAAAUCAAGUGAGUCAGGUUUGAUACACAAGGCAAACCUGAACUGGUCAGUAUGUUUGAAACUGUGAUGUGUAGAUAUACGUUAUCAGCGCAGGUCUUUAGAGACAGACUAUCUAGAGUCCCUUUGCCUCCCCACCCCACCUCUUGACGGGCCACAGCCAAAGCCUGCUAGAUGUGCAGACUCAAGCCUCCCACACCCGGACACGCACCAAACCAAAUCCCUGCUAGACACAGAGAACUGAGAAAUGGAAAGGAUAGAGAGAGGAAGCUGUCAAGUGUCAGAGAGUGAGAGAGGGAUCCAGGAAUGUUGUCAAGAUGGCAGAAAAGAUGAGUGAAAAUCAAAUGUCAGGAAAAUGAGAGGAGAAUAUGGAGUGAGGUGAGAAGGAAGACUGGGAGUAUUAAGAAGGUGUGAUUGGAAAUUAAAGAAAAGUCCGAUACAAACUGGAGUUGGAUGACAAGAAGUAAGUGUUCGAAUGAGGAGGAGAGAUUUAACAGGGAAGGAAAACAGCAGCCUGAGUGCUGAGCUCUGAGGCUAGCUGGUUAUUGUAAAAAAGCUUUCAUGGUGUUGCACCAACUUACCAAUUAUGAUUUUAGCGAGUGAGUUAGUGUGUUGUGUUUAUGAUGUUUACUGUUCUGUUCAAACUAUGUUAUUUAUUUACAUUGCUACUGCUGCUGCUACUUUUUAUUGCUUUAGACGCUGCUGUCAUUUCUUUUCCCCAAAGGUCAAAUACUUUUUUUUCUUUUUUUAAGCCAAAUAAGUGAAAUAAUGCAAUGUCCACACGUGUUACCAAAUACAGAGCAAGUCUGAAGAGUGCAAAAGCAAGUGAGUGAUGGAUAAGAAAGUGCAGGGAGGUUGGCUUCACAAAAAGUUCUAACACAAAAUAUAAACACACCUCACCUCAAAUGUAGCUCCAUGUGUAAUAGAAGUAGUAAAUCAUUUAUGUCCUGGCGUCACACUAAACUGUACAGUGUAGAUAGGAUUAGUGGGAAUGUCUGUCCAGAAGCUUUUUGUCACAUCCAUCCUUCACUCCGCCCAUCAAUCCUUCCAUCUGUCCACAGGUUGCCUGCAAACUUGACAACCUUGACAGUUCCCACCAAAGGUGUCCACAACUCAACAAAAAUACGAUGUGUUGUUGUUAUUGUUAUGACUAUUGUUUAUGACCUUAUAAUUGAUAAAUGAAAUCUCUCUAUAGCUAGUGGGAGAGGGUGACAGGGGUGGGGGUGUGGGAUGCUGUAGUAUAGCAGUGCCAUGUGUGUGUCAUAUACUGUACAGGGGGAGACUGGUGCACUAACACAAGAAAAGGGCCAAGCAUUAAAAUCAGCUUUGUCCUUCUACUCAGUGAAUUGACUCACUUUGGACCUGCAUCAGGAAAUAAAUCCAACCUGGUCUGGCUGUGUCUGGGCUUCACUGAGCCACUGAACAUGAGCAAUCCUGGAUAACUGGUGUCACACAGCUGUUUAUCAACUGGCUCUGUUAACUCUAGGAUCUCCAAUCCAGCCAGUUCAUUUGAAUGAGCUCUUAAUCAUAAGUCAAUCAAAUGUUACAUCAUCAAACCAAUAAGCGGAGGACUUACUACGACACAGGUUUACUAACAAUUAGGUUAGUGCAGCAGCAAACAUUGAUGUGAUUCAACUGAAAUAUAAAAUCCUUACAUAACUACAGAAUAAUACGGUUUAAUGUAAGUAUGUAAGGUAUUUUUAAAGGGAUAUUUCAGACAAAACAGGAAAUCUGGGCCUCUGCUCCUUUGAUUGUGAUUGUUUUUUUUUUUCUUUAAGAUUUUUUCCCCCAACUUAAGACACUUCCACCAGUACCACAGAAGGCAUAAUACAACUGAUGAGUAAACUUUCUGUGUAAAAAGUGAGGUGUCACUUUAAGAGCUAUUGUGGAUAAAGUUGGUGAAAGUUAUCUACACUUUCAGGUGUAACAGUAUUAAUAUUAAGCUAUUAUGCUCAUUCAUAAAGCUGUUUAGUGUGGUCAAUUAAAUCUCUUCCGCCUCUUCCUGCCCCGUUUUAAACCCAUAGUGGAGAAAUUGUUGUGCAAAAAAACCUCCAAACUUAUGGAAAUCAAAGUAACUCUAUUGAUACAUUAAGACACUAUGUAUGCCUGUCUCUUAUUACUUAUUACUUUAAUGUGAACUCUGUAUUAUCUUUUCUGAAUAAUGACUCCAUGUUUCCGGGAUCUGAUUGGGCAGUAGAUCAAUCUGUUGGCAGGUUUGGAUCUUCUGAAGUUAACCCGCUGUAGAGGUUACCAUGGGGAUUUACCCUGGUUAAACACACGCCAGCUUUGUGAUACCAGUAAACCUGAGUUCAGCCCAAAGACAGCUCAUGUCACUUUGUGAUGCAGGCCCUUGAGCGGAUGUGGCGGUGAGCUGGCACAGCUCCGUCUGUUCAGCUUCUGUCUGGUUUUACACCUGAAAUUUAGCUUCCAGCAGUAGACAGGGACUUACAUUGUUGGUCGUCCUGCUCUUGUAAACCCUGCAGAUGACAGGAUUCAGAUGUGAUCAUGACAGAUCUCCUCAGCCUCCCUGUUAAAACCUUCUUAUAAAGACGUGGAUCUGGUGCUUAGUAUCCAGCCGCUGUACGGCACUGCCAGUGCAGCCUCAGGUGAACUACUCAUUGGUGCAGUUUCAAUAAGAGUUGGGGCAACCCAUUCUCACUACAACAUUCACUGUUCAAACUCUCUGUGGGUGUGUGUGUUGUGUGGUGUGUGUGUGUGUGUGUGUGUGUGUGAACAAAACAUCUUAUUACUGAUGUACACACACCAAAUGUAUAAAGUUUCAAUUCUACACAGCGAUGCUGGCUACUGCCAUUAGUGGCUUUAUGUGUAUUUAGCUUGCCAGUUGCAACGGGUGUAUAAAACAGCUAGUUCUAGCGUGUACUGCGCCCUCCCUUGACACGAGGGGAAGUGUGUGUGUGUGUGUGUGUGUGUGUGUGUGUGUGUGUGUGUGUGUGUGUGUGUGUGUGUGUGUGCGUGUGGUGUGGUGUGUGGUGUGUUGUAAACCCAUCUGUAAUUAAACCAAAUAUCAUUUUCUCUAUGCAGUCAUUCAAACCAUGUCAGCUUGCUUUGAUGGGGGGGGGGGGGGAAGCUUCCUGUACAUACACAGAUUUACGGAUAAACUGAAGUUGGCAACAGUGUGUUUUAAUUUUCGAGCCCCCCCCCCUCUCAGUGUGAUUAAACAUCACCACCGCCUUCAGCUAGUUCACAGAGAGAAGAGAGAACGCAAGAGAUAUGUUUUGAAUGAGCUGACAAAUAUUUAAGGAUUGUAUUGGGGUCAGGGAGGGACACGGGGUUAGACCGGGGUUUGUAUUUUGGGAGAGAUACAGAUCAAUGCUGUAAAGUAUAUCAAUUGCAUGUUAUUGUCACGUUUGUAACUGCCAUUGUCUGUUUUUUGUUUUUUUGUUUUCUUCCAAGACAACGGUUGGUUGGGGCGGGGAUGCACAAAACUUUAUCCUUAUUUAUAAUUUUUACACAAUAUAGUCUGUAUGUUUGUUUUUGUUUUGGAAAAUGUUGAAUUAUUGUGUACCUAGGAAAAGACACCUGUUUUUGCCUUUAAAAAAAGAAAAAGGUUCUUUCAACUUUGCAAUAUAUAUUUUUUUCACUUUGGACUCGUCGUCGAGAGCGAGCUGUAUCAUUAUUAGCAGACAGUGUUUGUUAGAAAACGUCCCGUUUCCCCUCAUUCAUGUGCCGUGUGUCUUUUUUAACGUUAGCUGUGUGCGCGAGUGGAGUGUGUGUGAUGUUUAUUUGUCUACCAAAAGUCUUUAUUGAUGGUGAUUAUAAUUCGCUUUUGUUUUUGUCCAUUGCUUUUUAUUAUUAUGGUAACUAUGAUUUCUGUUUUACUAUUUUUUGUUGUUGUUGUUGUUAUUAUUACCAUGAUUCAGGGCAAAGAUGACACCAAAUUGAACAAAGAAAUAAAUGGUUGAUCCCACACAGUGCUGAGAGCAGGACGGUGUUGUCCGUCUUCCUGAAGGUUUCUCUUUCCGGCGAGGGGGAGCGAUCGUUUUUCUCACCGUUACGCUGUAGUGUCUGUCCACCUUACUCAAACCCGCCACAUAAAGAUAACCUCUGAACUGAAAGUCUAAUAGUAUUUUUUAUUAUUAUUAUUUUUAUUAUAUGUUGUUUUCUUUGAUCAGGUAUCAUGAUCAGUUUAUUUCUUGUUACCCUGGUUUGGGUCAUAAAUUGCGUGCUGUUAUUUAAUUUUCUUUCUUGUUUUCCAUCAUCCCUGCCCACUGGUUUUGGAUUUUUUGUUUUUUUUAUUCUAUUUCAUGAUUAUUAUUUUAUAUUCUUUCUGGUUUGUCUGAUGCUGUAGUAGUGAGCUGAUUCGGCAAAUACCAGAACAUUUUUCCCCUAAUGCUGAUACUGUCUUGACUGAUGUUGCACUUGUGAUGGGUUUUUAUUUUGGUUUUGUUUUUGCGUUGCAGAUUUGGGAUUGUUGUGCAGACAGGAGAAUAUCGGGUGAUUUCCUUGUUUUCUUUUAGUCACAGCAGUUAUUUUAUCAAUCAUAGAUCUGUGACACAGAGCAAGAAAAUGAUCCAACAGUGUAUUUAUUUCACUGAUAUUUAUUUAUUGGUCAUUUGUAUGUUUUUUUGGUUUGUUUUAUUUUGUUUUUUAUGUGUAUUGCUUUUUUGUGGAGGGAUAACGGGACUCAAGGUAGAGGAGUCUCUCAUUGGCGUUUUACAUUGUGUACAGAAAGCUAAAUAUUGUAUUCAACCAUCACACUAACGUACAGUCUAUAAAGUAACCGAUUAACCGGCAAAAAUAGAAACCUACAGCACAGUAAGGUGCACUGUUUCUGGCUUUACUGUGACUGUCAGACCUAUUUUGUUUACUGUUUACCCUCUCAGAAGACUCCAACAAACAAAUGGCUAAUGGUUUAAAGUAGCCAUGGCAUGGUGUAUUUGAACUCUAGUACUUUACUAAUAACUCACAGUUAAAGCUUGUAUUGUUUGAAACUUGGAUGGUUUUUAAUCCGAAUGCCAGCUACAAAGCAGACAGGAUUUGUUUGUAUUUUUAAGUUGAAGAUAUUCCAGCUGAUGAUAACUACUAUGAAAGUGGACUGAUUGGCUUGUUAUUAACCUGCACUCCCUGUUAGCGAGGAGGGACACGCUUGCUUUUAAAUAUCAUUGAGGUUUGUUGCUUGGUUUUUCCGAAUGCAGUCUAGAUUGCAUGACUUUGCAAGUUUGCAGGGUGGGGGGAAGUUUGAUUUCAGUCUCCACUGUUUAAAGGCAUCUUGUAUGUACGACACCAUGGAUUUAUCUUGGAUUUAGCUUUACUGCCGUUUCCUUUCUUCUUCUUUUUUUGGCUGUAUUCUACCCCCCCUGCCCCCAGUCUCAUUUCAAACAGAAUAAAUGCCAUUAUAUUGUGAAUACCUCAGGAUUUUUUUGGAGAAAAAAAAACAAUAAAACACUUAAAAAUCAAAUAAAUAAAUAAAUAAAAACU